GUGUCAUCUCAAUUUGCAAAUUGCAUUUUAUAAACAAAUCCCUAGACCCCGAUGGAAGGGAUAGAGGAUUUUCAGCUGAAUCAGCUCCAGCUGGUGUCAGAAAUCAAUAGCUUGUUACGUUCCACACAGGCACCGACCGACCCCAAUGCCCUUUUGUUGAAUCAAGAGCUGCAACGCCGUCUUCACCAAGUACGGGCCAAGAUCCUGUCUCUUCUCCAGAUUGUAAAGGCUCGCUAUGACCGGAAUCAGGAAAUAUUGAAGCGUCGCAUGCAGCCUCGUUCCCUAUUCCGGCAGGAACAUCUUUCUUUAAGCGGUGCCAUUCUGCGCAAAGGCACAUUUCGUUUCAAAGGAAACCUCUACUUCCGGGAUGUGGAUGGACGCAGUUGUCCCAACAAUGAGGACUACGAGUCUCGGUGUCUAACAGAGAUGUUCCCUACCGAUUUUGAUAUGCGAUCCCGGCAUGUCUGGACUUUGCUUGACAAAAAGAACGUGAUCAUGGGCAUUAAACAGCAACUGCUGGACCAUCGUAAGGAUCAAGAUAAUAUCUCGAUAAAACGGAAACGAAGGCCAAUUGAACGGCAUGUGCAAACGCUGGCAAGCCUUUUGGGUUCCGCGGACAGCAGCUUUACCAUCGAUUGGAAUCAGAUUAGCACUAUUGAUCUGGAGUAUCGCCACUCGGCGUAUAGCUGCGAGGCCAUGUGGCGAUUUUACCUGCACCCAGAUCGCAACCGAGGAGAAUGGACGCCGGAGGAAGAUGACAAGCUGAUUGAAGUGGCGACGGCCAACAGGAUGCAGAACUGGGAAGUGAUAGCCUCUCACACCGAUCGGCGAUCCGACUACCAGUGCUUCGUGCGAAUCAACACAAACCUACGACACUUGCUGGAGUCCAGCACCAGCAACCGCUGGACGGAAGAGGAAAACGAUCGGCUCCGCAUGGUAGUGCAAAAGAAUUCCGUCAAUGGCAUAACGAAUUGGAACAAAGUUCUGGAAUAUUUUCCGGGCAGGUUGAAGUCAACGAUAAUCGGUCGCUACAUGUAUGUUCUGCAUCCCAGCAUCAGUCAUGCCCCCUUUACCGCUAAGGAGGAUAUGAUGCUCUUCGCGGCAGUUGAAGAGUACAAUGGGAAAUUUAACUGCUUCCCGCGAUCCCUGUUCCCAAAUCGAUCCCUUGCGCAGCUACGAACGCGCUAUCACAACACCCUGGCCCAACGGACUAAGACCGACGCAUGGUCGGUGGAGGACGACAACAGGCUGAUGGAAUUUGUUACUGAACACGGCACCUCCCAGUGGCUAAGCUGCGCCACUUUCCUGGGCAAUCAUUCGCGUACUAGUUGCCGAACCCGUUUCCUGGUCAUUAAGAGAUUUUUGGAACAGAAUCCGACUGCAUCGGUUGAGGACUUACCGCGGCGCAGGUCGAAGAAAGUGGCCACGGUCACGGCCGAGAAUUGGGCGCAGUGCUUGCAGGAGUGGCAGGAGGAUCCAGAUUCGAUCGCCAAGAUGGAAAAAGGACCAAAAUCGCGGGCAAAGAAGCCAAGGAUAUCCAAACCAGAUAUACCCCAUAAAAUGGGAAAACUGGAAGCGGAGUUCCACGACUACUUUAAGUAUGGCUACAAUUUGAGGUUUCUGACUCCAAAGACCUUUUCGCUCCCCAAAGAUAACUCGAAUCUCGCCUACGCGGCCAAAGCUUUAAGAUACGACCCGCCGCAUCGGCCCCAGCCCUUGGUCGGGGUUUCAAUGCCUGCAGAACUGCAGGAAAGCUACAAUCAAAUGAUCGGCGAACUUCCGAAGGAAAGGAUGGACUUGAGCAGUACGCUCCUGCCACCAAACUGGUCGACAAUGAUGGGAUUUCGGGCUCUCUGCAUUCUCUCCGGAGACUGUCGCAAGAAGUCGCACAAAGAGUUCGUUUACGAAGAAGCCGAUCCAGCUCUCCAGCUCUUCAGACAGAGAUUGAGGGCACUCUUCUACAGAACGACUUUGUUAAGUCGCCUGGAAUCCCAGAUAUUCGCUCAACUGCCGAGCUGCUUGCAGGCGUUGCCCAGGCCCACACCGAAGUACAUUCAAUCGGGAGUCACCAUAAACUGCUCCUAUAAGCCGCCAAAGGAAAAUCUGAAAUCGGAACCGCUGAGCGAGGACGAAACUCCACUCACAGAUGCCAUGAAGCAGGAAACCGAGGUAGAAUACAUUGUACCUUAGGAUUCUCCUACCAAAUAGAUCACUUGGUUUAAGUAGUUUUAAGCUUUAUAAGUUUUAUUUAUUCUUUGUUACUUUAUAUCGCGUCGUAAAAUAGUUCAUUACAAUAGCUAACAAAUAA